UUCAUUUGCGAACUGGACAAGAACACAUCAACCGCCAUGGCUUCCAAGACACUGCCCUACUCGGUCGACAAGAGUCCUGAGUGCUACGACGAGUACAAGUUCACACUGCCGGAGCUAUUCCGUGAUUUAGCGAAGGAAGAACUCCACGAAGAUGCCACCGUUCGCGAGGAAGCCCUCACGCAAAUGCGCCAAUGGAUCGUGGAUAAUCCGUACAUCCGUAAGUGCCGCACCGAUGCCCAGUUCUUGCUUCGAUUCUUGCGCUUUCGUAAGUACUCCGUACCGAAAGCUUGCGAGGCCCUCGAGCGAUACCUGGCCAUGCGUGAGACCUACCCAAAGUGGUUCAAAAAACUCGACGUCAACGAACCAGCAACGCGAGAAAUGCUGGAAGAUGGAGUGUUCGCAAAUCUCGGUCAGGAUGCGAAUGGGCGCACCGUUGUCUACUUCCGGUUCGGAUAUUUCAACGUGGACAAAUUUGGCCCACUGCAGGAGGCUCGACUGGCGGCGCUGUUGAUCGAGUCCCUGAUGGAGUGGGAAGAGGUGCAGAUCGGAGGAUUCCGCGUGUUGGUCGACUUCAGUGACUCUGUCAUGAAGCACUACGGCAUCUGGGGUGUGUCCGACAUGAAAAUCUUGAUGGACGCGAUCAAUCGAUCGUACCCGAUCCGAUUCCACGAGAUUCAUGGUGCAAAGUUUCCAAAGUUCGCGAUACCAAUCCUAAACCUGAUGCUCUCGUUCGCCAGCCCGAAGAUGAAGGAAAGCAUCAUUUGUCACAACAGCGUCGAAGAUAUGGCCAAACAGUUCGACGAAUCGCUGCUACCGAAGGAGUGUGGCGGCAAACGCGAUCUUCGCGAGCUGACGCAGGAUCUUCUGAAACAUCUGGAGGAUUCGCGAGACGUUAUACUUGCGCUAGAUGACAUGGAAAUUGACACGGCGCAUUAUGUUUCCCUUUGGCAGGACAGCUACGCACCGCACAUUGAAAUUGAGGCUAGUAUAAUGGAAAACUUCCGGAAUCUAACUGUGGAUUGAAUGGAAAAAAAUCCCUUCCUUGUACUACGGACGGUUGUUGUUCAAUAAAAUGAAAUAUAA